UUGUGGGAAAAUAUUUAAAGUAAACAAAAGAAGCUUUCAAUGACAGAAACGAAUCCUGUUGAGAUGAUGGCCACGCCCAGUGAGGAGCCACCCGCCGAGGAGGAAUCCCUGGACCAAUCUCCGCCAGAGGCCGUGCUGAGCAAUAACUCCUCGAGUGCCGGCAAUGUUUUGGAGCCGGAUGAUGAGCUCGAAGUGAAUUCCGUGGAUCGGGAUGACUCCGCCAGCUUGUUCAGCACAACUACGACCACCACCAGGAGCAAAUCGCCCAACACACGGAAACUAAACCGCCUGUGCCGUCGCGUUAAGGCUCCAAAAAUGGUCCAGCCGCUGUACAAGUACAGCUCUCAUGUCCGCGAGGACCAUAACCACCAGAUCUUCGGGGUGCAGUUCAAUCCGUUUCUGGACAGAGGUCAGCCCCAGGUUUUCGCCACCGUUGGCAAGGAUCGGGUGUCCAUAUACGAGUGCGAGAGGAGCAACGGCGACGAGUCCUGCGAAGGCAUCCGCCUGCUGCAGGUCUACGCAGAUCCCGAUACCGAUGAAAGUUUUUACACUUGUGCUUGGUCCUACGACUCUGAGACGGGCGAUCCUGUCCUGGCCGCGGCUGGUUACCGCGGGGUCAUCCGGAUCUUCAAUCCCGUGAAGCACCAAUGCAGCAAGAAUUACAUUGGCCACGGACACGCCAUCAAUGAGCUCAAGUUUCAUCCGGUUAGGCCGCAGCUACUCCUGUCCGGCAGCAAGGAUCACUCGUUGCGGCUGUGGAACAUCCAGUCGGAUGUGUGUGUGGCUGUCUUCGGAGGAGUCGAAGGACAUCGCGACGAAGUGCUGUCCGUUGACUUUGAUUUGCGAGGCGAUCGCAUCAUGUCUAGUGGUAUGGAUCACUCGCUAAAGCUGUGGCGCUUGGACAAGCCGGACAUAAAAGAGGCCAUCGAGCUGAGCUCUGGUUUUAGCCCCAACAAGAACACGGCUCCCUUCCCCACCAUCAAGGAGCACUUUCCGGACUUUUCAACGCGGGAUAUACACCGCAACUAUGUGGAUUGCGUUCAGUGGUUCGGGGACUUUGUCUUCUCGAAAUCCUGCGAGAACUCAAUUGUGUGCUGGAAGCCGGGCAAACUUUCAGCCCCUUGGCACGAGAUCAAGCCGCAGGAGUCGGCAACCACGGUGCUUCAUCAUUUCGACUACAAGAUGUGCGAGAUUUGGUUUGUGCGCUUCGCCUUUAACGCCUGGCAAAAGAUUCUCGCGCUGGGCAACCAACAGGGCACAACAUUCGUCUGGGAACUGGACUGUAACGAUCCCAAUUUGACCAAGUGCAGCCAGCUGGUUCAUCCCAAGAGCAACUCCACCAUCCGACAAACGUCGUUCUCCAAAGACGGGUCAAUUUUGGUCUGCGUGUGCGAUGAUAGCACCGUUUGGCGUUGGGAUCGCGUCAAUUAGGCAACCGAAGAUAUAUUUUAUGUUAAUAAUGUUUCUUUUGAUAAGAAACACGACUAAAGAUCUUCAAAUAGGUUACAUAAUUUAUUGGACGAAGACUUUUUUAAUAGGAUUUUAACUUAUAUAUAUGUGCACAGAAUGUACACAAGACUUGUACUUUAAUUUAAGUUUUUUUAUUUUUACAAUUUUCUUUUAAAGUGAUCAAAUCACGAGGAAUAUAUUUAAAUUUUGUGACUGGUGUGGGCUCACCUAUUUAUAUUCUGCAUUUUAAUUUAUUAACCUAUGUUAUAAGAAGUUCAAUGCUAUAAAUAUUUUGUUAGACUAUUUUAUUUAAAGUGUAUAUUUUAAUAUUUGUAAUCUUUCAAAUAAUAUAAACCAAAAUGUC